UUUAACAUUUUUUGUUUCUGUCGCUUAAUUUUUUUUAUUGUGGGGAGAGAUGUCAUCGGCGCCGUCUCCGGGUACUACUCCGUCAACUCCUCCACAACUUCCUCCCAUUCCACCCGUCCUUCCUCCUACCGUUCCUGUACAGCCUCCGGUCAUUCCUCCUACCGUUCCUAUACAGCCUCCGGUCAUUCCUCCUCCGUCUCCGCCUCCGCCUACACCCAUUCCUCCUCCACCUCCCUUGACGUCUUCUCCUCCACCUCCUUCACCUCCCUUGACGCCUUCUCCUACCCCACCAUCUCCCACCACUCCUUCACCUCCAUUGACGCCUUCUCCUCCGCCUCCGUCUCCCGAGACUCCUUCGCCUCCGUCUCCCGAGACUCCUUCACCUCCUUUGACACCUUCUUCUCCGCCUCCGCCACCUUCUCCCUUGAGACCUUCUUCUCCUCCUCCGCCUUCUCCCGCCACUCCUUCAACUCCGCCAAAAUCUUUCCCAUCUCCACCGCCUCCUUCAAAACCCGCUCUACCUCGGUCGGACACUCAAAGCCCUCCACCUCCUCCAGCAAAUCCCACUGGCGGGGGAUCUUUACCAACGGGAAUGUUGGUUGGGGUUGCCAUCGGAGGAGUUGCUAUGCUUGUUGUGGUAUUGGCUUUAAUUUUUUUCAUUUCUGGAGGACCUUACGGUGGAUAUCAGCAACCAAAUGCAUCAAGACAGUCAAAUAACGUGAUGGCUUCACUGCCACCUCGUCCGCCGCACUUUAUGAGUAGCAGCAGCAGUGGCGGCUACGACUCAAACUACUCAGAUCAAUCAGUUCUUCCUCCACCAUCACCAGGGCUUGCAUUAGGCAUCUAUCAAGGCACUUUCAAUUACGAGGAGUUAUCUAGAGCCACCAAUGGCUUCUCUGAGGCCAAUUUGUUAGGACAAGGUGGAUUCGGAUAUGUGUUUAAAGGGAAGGGACGGCCUACGAUGGAAUGGAGUUCAAGAUUGAAGAUUGCUAUUGGUUCUGCCAAAGGAUUGUCUUAUCUUCAUGAAAAUUGCAAUCCUAAAAUCAUCCACCGUGAUAUCAAAGCGUCAAACAUAUUGAUUGAUUUCAAAUUUGAAGCAAAGGUUGCUGAUUUUGGUCUUGCCAAGAUUGCUUCGGAUACAAACACUCAUGUAUCUACACGUGUGAUGGGAACUUUUGGGUAUUUAGCUCCGGAAUAUGCUUCAAGCGGAAAACUGACAGAAAAGUCUGACGUUUUCUCAUUUGGCGUUGUACUUUUGGAGCUAAUAACCGGACGUCGCCCUAUUGAUGCAAAUAAUGUCCAUGCAGAUAACAGCUUGGUUGAUUGGGCACGACCUUUGCUUAACCAAGUAUCCGAAAUAGGAAACUUUGAAGCUGUGGUUGAUACAAAGUUGAAUAAUGAGUAUGACCGAGAAGAGAUGGCUCGUGUGGUUGCUUGUGCCGCAGCUUGUGUUCGGUCUACAGCUCGCCGCAGACCUCGCAUGGAUCAGGUUGUGCGUGUGCUAGAAGGAAACAUAUCGCCUUCAGAUCUGAACCAAGGGAUCACACCUGGUCAUAGCAAUGUGUAUGGCUCAUCUGGAGGAAGCACGGAUUAUGACUCGAGCCAAGACAGUGAAGGCAUGAACAGGUUUAGGAAAAUGGGACUCGAGACUCAAGAUUUGUAUAGUAAUCCAAUAAGUGAAUAUGAUUUGUACCCGUCUUGGUCGAGCAUUGAGGUGAUGAUCAAAACUUUGUCUCUAGCUUCUGCUCGCAUCUUCUUCUCUAGAACCUCUCCAUAUUUUCUUAUUCCCCUCUCUAAGCUCUCUGUAUCACAUCGCCGGAAAUUCUCAGUGAUGGCCAGUGGAAGCGACGAGUUCGUGAAAGGAAAUGUUUAUCCAAAUGGCGUUGCUUUCAUCACUCUUGAUCGACCUAAAGCUCUCAACGCCAUGAAUCUAGAAAUGGAUUUGAAGUACAAAAGCAUUCUUGAUGAAUGGGAAUCUGACCCUAGUGUCAAAUGUGUUGUUGUUGAAGGAAGCACACCUCGGGCCUUUUGUGCAGGUGGUGAUGUGAAGCAGAUUACAUCUAAAAAUCAAUUGUCAGAUAUGAUAGAGGUAUUUACAGCUGAGUAUAGCCUGAUAUGCAAGAUUGCUGGUUACAAAAAGCCAUAUAUCUCGUUAAUGGAUGGCAUAACAAUGGGAUUUGGUCUUGGUCUUUCUGGGCAUGGACGCUACCGAGUGAUAACAGAGAGGACAGUCCUCGCAAUGCCAGAAAAUGGAAUCGGCUUGUUUCCAGAUGUUGGAUUUUCAUAUAUAGCAGCUCAUAGCCCUGGUGAAGGAUCUGUUGGUGCUUACCUUGGUAUGACUGGGAGAAGGAUUUCCACACCUUCAGAUGCACUUUUUGUGGGUCUUGGGACACAUUAUGUACCAUCUGGAAAGCUAGGGUCACUCAAAGAAGCCAUUUUGUCAGCUGACUUUUCCAAGGAUCCCCAUCAACACAUCCACGCAACUUUAUCAAAGUACAGCAGUGAUCCUGAAUCUGAGUCCCAACUCAAAAUGCUUUUGCCUCAGAUAGAAUCAGCUUUUAGUGCAAGUAAGUCUGUUAAGGAAACUAUAGAAGAGCUGAAGAAGUACCAGCAGAGCACUGAGGCUUCAGUUGCAGAAUGGGCUAAUGAAGCACUCCAAGGCCUUGGAAAAGGGGCACCGUUUUCUCUAUACCUAACACAUAAGUACUUCUCCAAAGUUGCUUGUGCCAAGGGUAAAACCAACAACGCGAUGACAACACUUAGCGGUGUGAUGAAAACUGAGUACCGCAUUGCUCUAAGAUCCGCAUUGCGCAAUGAUUUCACUGAAGGUGUUAGAGCAGUCUUGAUUGACAAGGACCAGAAUCCGAAAUGGAAACCAGCGAGCUUAGACGAGGUAGAUGAAACCGAAGUGGACGCUCUCUUUAAGCCAUUAAGUCCUGAAUUGGAAGAGCUAAACGUAUGAAAGUGACUUACCAAACAACAGAAGAUAUUGCUUAGCUCAUGGAUUGGUGAUUAUAGUGUUGCAGCUAUUGAACAUGUUUCAUCUAUUUAUCAAAUUUUUUCAAGUCGUAGAUUGAUCAACUUACAACAGAAGUAAAUAUUUUCCAAUAAG